UUCGAGGUGAGAGUUUCGGAGGCGGAAACCUGCUGGUUCAGUAAACGUAAGCCGCUCCUUAUAAAUGUCUCAAUUCAUCUGUACUUUACUCAAGGGUUGUCGAAGAAGUGUAGAGUUAUUUGACGAGAGCAACAGAAGAAAAAUUCAUCUUUUUGGAGGUGGGAGAUGUGAGGAGGCAGCACACCUGGCUCGUGCGUAAAAUGGAUACUGGUGCGACCCCGUGAAACACUGCUGCUGUCACUAUAUAGCUCCACCACUGAAGAAGAAGACACUGACACUGUCCUGUGGAUUUAUAUUUCAGCACUGUCAAAACUGUGACAUUUACACUUUGCUUAAGGUCGUUCAAUUGUUCACAGCACCUGUUGAAGCGCAGUUCCCUCCCUCCAGUCAAAGAUGACAACAGAGAGGAGCCCAUGGUGGAAGGCAUUCCUGUCAAAGAAGAAGGGCGGAACCCCCAAGGACACCGCUUCAACCCAGCCCUUUGGUCCAGACUUUGACCCUUUUGCACAACAGGCUGAGAAGCCCAAAGAGCCCGCCGCAGCAGCCCCCAAGACCACGGGCAACCAGUCCCAGCUGUCCCAGCAAGAGUCACACAAGAGCUCCAGCCUCCUCAGCGACGACACCUAUGACGACUCCCACCUGGAGUCGGUGUUCAACGAGCAGACCUGUCGCAGGAACAUGAAGGUGUCACGCUCAGGUCGAUUCAAGGAGAAGAGGAGGGUGCGCUCGAGCCUUCCCCUGCAGGAGAAAGAGACAGGGAAUGGGGCAUCAGGGAGAGAGGACAUACGAUGACGGUGAGGAGGAGGAGGUGAUCAAAGACUGCUUUGCAGAGAUGCUUGAAGAGAAGGAGAAGGAGUACAUGAAGAUGCUUCAUUCCUUUGAGGCAUACCAAGAGGUCUGCUGUAUGUUGGUUAUGAUGGUGAUAAUGAAGAUGAAGAGGAGCAUUUGACUUUUUAGCCCAGUACUGCAAGAAUAAGGUUAUGUGGUACAUGAAAUAUUGGAAAGUUUUGGACAUUUUUGUUGAUGGACUUCUGCCAGAGGGCCACAAUGAUGACUUGAAAAUUGAUUAUAUUUUUUCUUCAUCGUGAUUAUUGAACCAUUUUGCCAACCAUACCCCAUAAUCAAAGCCCUAAAGAAGAGAUACAGUAGUAAUGCAUCAAGUAUCUAAUAUAUAGUUAAUGUCCCACAGUGUCACACUAAGUGUUGCCAUUAGACAAGUCAUAAAAUUACUUACAAUUACGUACAAGGCACAAUCCUCCUCUAUUUUCUGUUACUACUCCAGAUAAAGUGUGACAUGCUUCAGGAAAAUAUUGUUUAUAAGAUGUUUACAUUAUUUCUGUAACAAUAAUAAUAAUAAUAAUAUAUGUUUUAUAAUGAAGGAUAGGUAUAAUGCUCCUUUUAAGAAAAGCUUUUACAAAAAAAUGUUGAUUCUAAAGGGUUAGAAGGAUGUUUAUGAAGGUGUAAAGUGAUUUCAUUAUUAUGUGUAAACAAAAAUAAUCAGCUAGUGGAAGAAAUUAAGGAAUGCUUGUGAGCAGCUUUUAGUCAGAUGCACAACACUUGCCAGCAGAAUGCAUACAAUAAUUUGAAUGAAGGAUGAAAUCCAGCCUGUUUGUGAUAUAAACAAAGCUACUACUGACAUUGAAGUAAGAAGCUAAUGUUGUCAUAUCCAACUGAAUGAGAUGUGGCCACGUAGCUACGGUUCCAGCCACUAAUGUAGCUAGCUUUGCAGGGACUACGGUAUUUUUGGACCACCCGUGAACACUUGAAUGAAGGCAGAAAAUAUGAGAAAUAAAUCUGAUAAGUGCUACAACUGA